AUGGGAACCGUGGACGAGUUCCGUCAGAAGGGUGCCAUUGGUGCCCUGCGGGAUGCAGCUCUGGAUGCCCGAGACAUGGCCACAGAUGCUGGCUCUUGGCUCGUGGGCAACGUGAGAUCUCUUGUGGAUGGGGAUGGCAACGCCACGGCUGUGCUUCGCUACGAUGGAGUGCCUCCACGCGGGGCCACGGCACCUUUGCAAUUCAGCGAUGGUCGCGUGAUGCAGGCCACGGUCUUGCAGGUGGAUGGCGUGUCACAGCCCCCUCGCGCUCAGGUGAAGGUGGAUGGAAUCGAUGAGACCGUGCUGGUCCCAGUGCACCCAACCAGUGAGGCAGCCGAAGGAGCCGAAGGAGCUGCUGAUUCAGCAGAUGCAGGGCUGUUAGCCAGCAUUCGGCAGGAGUUCACCCACACAGUCCAGGAUUUCAGAGAAAAGGGCGCUGUAGGUGCGCUCAAGGAUGCGGCACGCGAUGCGGUCGACAUUGUCGGGAGUACUGCUGGAAAGGCCGUGGAUCUUGUUGGCAGCACAGCCGGGAAGGCAGUGGAUGGAGCCAUCUCUUUAAUAGAUGUGGAACCUAAGCCAGAACAGGCUGGUCAGGCUGGUGAUCAACCAGCGCAGCAAAGAGGCAGCGUUAGGCAGUUGGUUGAUGGUGUGAAGAGCGAGAUCCACAGCACCGUGCAGGAUUUCCGUGAGAAGGGGGCCGUAGCUACUUUCAAAGAUGCCGCCUUGGAUGCUGUUGACCUUGUCGGCAGCACAGCCACGACUGUGGUGAGUGGAGCAAAGGGUGUGGCAGCGCCCUUGCUUGAGGACUUCUGGGCCAAUGACAAGCCCGAACAGCCUGCCGCGGCCCCAACCUCCGGCUCAGCGCCUUCCACAGCUGCCACCCCUGCAGUUGCGCCCGUCGGCGCCAGCGCGGACUCGACCCCGGCCGCAUCAUCCACUGCGCCUGCGCCCACAGCUGCGGCCUCCUCGUCAGGUGGUUAUGCAGCGCCGUCGCCCAGCUCUAGCCCUGCGCCGUCGGGCGGGUACACGCCCACCAAGGGCCCAGAAGCGGAGGGCUCAGAAGACAAGCCUGCCAAGAAGUCUCUGGUGGAGAUGCGACGCAACAUGUUCGAGAAGCCGAAAGCAGAGCAGAAGAAGGAGGAAGAGGAAGAGGUCAUCGACUGA